AAAUAACCUAUGAGGACAAAGCCUAAAAUAAAUUAUGAAGACAAAGCCCCAAAAUAAAAUAGGAGGAUGAAGCCUCAAUGUAAAAUAUGAGGACACAGCUUCACUAAAAAUCUGAAGAUGAAGCUUCAAAAGAGAAUAAUUUAUGAGGAGGACCUUAUAAUUGUUCUCAGCCUGCAACAAAAUAAAUAGUAUUGCAGUGCCCCAAACACUGAUCACCCCUGAGGGAAGGAAUAUCACAGAGGCUCUAAUAGUUAGCACCAUCAAAAGGGGGUGGUUGAUGCUCACAUAACAAGUAACAACAUGGUGGCUUGAACAGUUAGCACCGUUCUAAACAGGGUGGCUAAAACAGUUAACACCCGUGAAAAAGCUAAGAACAUGGUGACUUGAACAGUUAGCACCGUUCUAAACAGGGUGGCUAAAACAGUUAACACCCGUGAAAAAGCUAAUAACAUGGUGACUUGAACAGUUAGCACCGUUCUAAACAAGGUGGCUAAAACAGUUAACACCCAUGACAAAACUAAAAAUAAUGGUGGCUUGAACAGUAGCACCAUAGACAAUAGGGUGGCUCAAACCGUUAACACCUGUGAAAAAGCUAACAACAUGGUGGCUUGAACAGUUAGCACCGUAAAAAAUUUGGUGGCUAAAACAGUUAACACCCGGGAGAACGCUACUAAUAUGGUGGCUUGAAUAUUUAGCACCAUAGAAAAUAGAGUGGCUCCAACAGUUAACACCCGGGAAAUACCUACUCCAGUGGAGGAACAAAUCCUCACAAUGAAAAACACUGGCAACAGAAUGUCACCACAAUAACCCUGAUAAAAUUAUGCUCAUACCUCCGAGAUAACUUUCAAGAAUGGUUGCUAUGUAAUUUCUAAAACCUUGUAAAUGCGUUGAGGGAAUGGAACAUGAAGUUUUAGCCGGUAGGGUUGGAUAAUGUAUCGUUUUAUUUAUUUAUUUAUGUUUUUUUUGGAUAAUAAUUAAAGGUUACAAGUAAGCUGAGUCCAAAGGUCAAAAAGGCUCAAACGUGCAAAAUUGUAACUUCAGAAUAUCAAUAAAUAAAGUGCCUUUACAUAUCGUAACACAGCUAAGAUUAUGAAUAAAGGGAUCCAUUACUGGGCUAGUAUAAACAAAUAUUUCAAAUUAAAAAUCGAUCGAGUGAUAUUUUGCGUUAGUUGGCACCAGCGAUACAACUAGCUGAAGUAGGAGCACGAGGUACCCGAAGUAUGAACAACGAACGGAAUAGCAUACACGCCAGUGUAACUGCCAACAUUUAACUGGCCGAUUGAACGAAGAAUUCGAUUUUAUAUUAGCAUAAACGACCGUAACGUGUAUCAAUUCGUGCAAUCAACAAGACGAUCGUGUGCACGCACAUCAUCUCAGAUCUGUGCACAUCAAUACAGCACCGAGAGUAAGCGGUAAUUAAGCCAUCUGGCAAUAAUCUAGUACUUAUCUCAAAGAAGAGGUGAUGCGCGGUAGAUAAGACCCAAGAAGAUCAAAGGAGACUGAUAAAUCACCAGCAUUCUGCAUCCAAACCUGCCCACCGUCUAAAAAUGUUUUCCAACUUUCUUGUUGCAGUGAGCAGAGAGGCCUUGUGCCUCGCUUUCAUGUCUUAAAAACACGAUAUAUAAUGUCCCGGAUGGCAGGAACGCCCCCUCCCCAGUAACUGGAGAGAUGACACAUUAAUCAGUCACAUUAAGCAUAAAACCAUUUAUUUCUUUCAGAAAUAAAUUUCCUUUAAAUUGUUGAAAAUUUUCAGUUAAAAUGAACUUAAUUUAGAAAUAUUAAGUUGGCAAAACAAAGAGAUUUGGCAGUCAGUCACCGUGUAUGAUUUAUUAUCUUUGGCGUUUCCUUUGUUAAAGAAUUUGAUAACGUUGUUCUUCAAACGCGGUGUGCGUGCCGGUACCAAACGGAAAUACAUUCUAGCUCUCAUUUUUUUUUUUUUUUGGUCACUUUCCUCUGUCUAGAAUUUUCAGUGCUCUUUUAUUUGUAAUUCAGCAAAAUUUUUCUCCUUAUUUUUAGCACUAUAAUAAUAGUAUAGUAUUAUUAUUAUUAUUAUUAUUAUUAUUAUUGUUAUAGUAAUAUUAUUACUUGUUCAAUUUUAACCAAUCCUUUUUUCUUUUUCUUUUUUUUUUUCUUUUUUUUUUUUUUUUUUAUUUAAAGUGUUUUUGACCUCUCCAACUUUACUUGCAACUCCAAGUCACCAGUUUCCUGAGAGACCUCAAGACGCCAUGGCAGUCUGGGUGGAGGAGUUGACCGAAGACAGUUUCAAAAUCUGCCUCAGGGAAGUAAAGAUUUUCGACGGACUUCACAAAGGCAUUGCUAUUGUGAGCUUGAAAUUUUAAAUUGCUUUUCAAAGAUCUUUUAAGAUUUCCAUUCAAUUAUUUUUUCUGCAAUGAGCUGCCCAAAGACGCUUAUUUGCUCUUAAGUUUAUCAUAAUCACAAGAAAAAUGGUCGAAGUUAUCAUAGAUUUGUAAAGUUCUUACGUAUUAAGUUAUAGCAAUAAAUAAAUAUGCCAAAAUUUUAAGUCCAGUUCUUUUUAAUAUGUAAUUUCGAAUUUGGUAAAACAUUGAAGAAAAAAAUACAUUCCCCAAGUAUAUUUCUGUUACCAUUUACUGCUUUGGAAGUCAGCUGGAACGCUUUCUAGCUUGAACCUUAGUAUAAGUAAUUAAACCAUUCAAUGAGCUAUAUUUUAGUACUCGUUUAAAUGAAUUGAAAUCAGGUUCCUUCUUCCGUAAAACUUUAGUGUUACGCAGACCGCGGGGAAGGGGCUUUUGCCAGGCUCCAAACUUAAGGCUCAUGCUUAAUGAGUACCAAGGUUAGCAAUAUUAAUCUUCCUAAAACUUGUCUGGAAACAUUUGUCCCCAAUGUCAAAGUGUCCGCUGCCACCGAUUGUUGACAGCCAUAUUUUGCAAAAUUUGGAAUUUUCACUUUAAUGCCUUUCUUUCUUUUUUUCUAGAUUUUCUGAUUGGCGUAAAUGAUAAAAAAUUGUUAAAGAGAAAAUUGUAAAAAUGCAAUCAAGGGUUUUGAAGAAAAUUAAUGUACAGAAGUGUUGAGAUAAUUUUCCAAGAAUGUUCAUUUCCCUCUGAAUUUUAUUGCUGGCACAUUAAGUUUGCUUUCAGAAUAUUCUUCUACACACAAAUAAGCAAAACAAAUACAUUUAACUUGUUCAAAAUCAAUUAAACGGUGAAAAUGUAUUCUUCAAAUAUCCUAGGGGUGUCUAUUUAAGAUCUGGAAUUCAGGUACAGUGUUCAGUUAGUUUUAUUUGAAUUGACAACAAGAUAGACUCUGUAAUAUCGGUAAGGCUUAUCACUACGAAAUUGUUAGAAAUAUUCUUUAGUGGGACAAGUGUCUUCAGCCUUCCCUUAAUGACACGAUAGUUGCAAUUGAGUUGAAUUCAAACACUCCAUCGACGAAACUGGAUUGAAAUGCUCUCAUUUCUUACAGAUGCAUGCCCGAUUGAAAGUUCCAGUUCCUCCUGUUCAUCAUCCUGUCACUUCUGUUGUUAAGGGCAUUAAUCAGUGUUAGCCUACUUCGCAAUUUAAUCAGACACCUUCCCAUUUAAGUGUUUUCUAUUAUAUUCAAGCUGAAGUCACACUACAUAAUUUUGUUGGUCAGUUUAUCUCAAGAUGUUAGGUAUGUUGAGCACUUUAUUAUGACCAAAUUAUCUGGUCUAGCUAUAUUAUCAUAUGCGGUUUUUUUUUUUUUUAUAGGGGCGUGCUUCUAACUCCCCCCCCCCAGCUUAAUAGCAGACACCUGAUUUAGUAACAUCAUAUGGCAAAAACGGCUUCAAAUUUCUCAAAUAUGAUUUUUUAUUUCAUUGCUACAGAACUGGAUGGCUUAUACAAACCUCAGUAUUGGAAACUUCACAUUAACUGACAGCCUCUUAUUUACGAAUUAUAACUUGUUAUCUCAGCAAGCUAACCACGCCUUUUGCCAGGUACGAAAGUAAAUUGUUAUGUUGGUAAAUGGCCGGAGCACUAAGAUUUAUUUCCAUUAAAAAAUUAGAAGACAGGAUGAUGUUCCUUUUUAACAGAACCAAUAAACAACUAAUCCUUAAGUUGUUCUAAAUAUUCUGCAUUGUGUGUUAAUUCAUGGUCAAGAGUAUUCUGCGAAACAAGUCGAAACUUGCUUGUUAAAGUCUUUUGUUCAUUUUAUUUAUAAUUCUCAUGUUUUGCCAUUUAUCGUGAAUAAAAAAGUUGUUUGUAACAAGCUAUAACUUUCUUUGACAGCAUAUCAACUUUACAGAUGAAUUCUAUGCUCCUCCUGUGGUGAUAGUGACGGCAAAACGCAUCAAUAACGAUUCGCGUUUGUCUGGAUGUAACGCAAUCACCGCUUGGGUCGAGGUAAAAUUGUUUUACAAACUUGCAGAUAGCAAAAGAAUAAUUUAACGUUGAAUCUUAAUAAAUAUGAUCAAUCCAUGCAGUGAUAAAAGAAAAGAAAUCCCAGAUUGACAAGAAAGACAGAAAGUGUAAGAAAAUCUUUUCACAAAGUUUAACGCCGCGCUAGUAUCUGUUAUUAGUGGUUUUCACGUGACGUCAUCAAAAUGAAUACAAAUUCAUCAGUUAUAGAGCAGCAUAACCCAUAUUUUUACAAACUGUCUGUUCGAAAGGGCUCUUUAUAGUUUUGACAGUGAUAAACUACGCUGUUAAUUUUUAACCUUUUGCGUGACGCAGCAUUUGAAGGAUCUGGAAGGGCCCAGAAAACUGUGAUUUGGGUUAGAAAAUUGUCUCCUUUUUUUGAGAUUGUGCCAUCCCAAACACAGACAUUCUUGUUGGUUUCUGAUCAUGACCGCUAUAUUGGUGCCCCUCUGAGGAACAACAACAUUAAGUUCUGUAAAUUUGGGGAAAAAAUUGUAUCAGUAUUUCCGCAUAACAGGAAAUAUCACAAAGGCCUGAGUCUUUGCAAAGGUUUUUUGAAUAUAUUUAUUUAUCUUCUUUCAUUUCCCAGAUUCUGGACUUUCUUUAUCACACAGAAUCGAUUUCCAUUUUUGAUGGAGUGACAGUGAUAACCGGUUCAAAGGAAUUGGAGGAUGAAUAAAAUGUUCAAACCAAAUCAAUUUUUUUUUAGCAGCUACGAGUCCUCUUACUGAUUCCUAAACAUUCAAACAACUUUUUAUAUCUGUGGUUAACCGUGCAGUUUUCGUCAAAGUUUCUCAUCACCUUUACGUUUUGAUCGUUUGUUUAGUAAAAUUUUCAGCACUGCUUUGGAGUAAUAAUGUUAUUAGCAGUCUCGAUUUUCUACCCUUAGUACACUUCCACCGCAAAAACAGAGAUUUGUGUUCGAGUUUAUGAAACCAAGAGCAAGGAUACCAUAAAAGUCGAUUAUCUGAUUACUGGAGGUAGGUAUAUCACCCAGUAAUGUAAUAAUCGGCCACUAAUGUAUUACUAACCACUAAUACGGUAAUAAAAAAAGUUAACAACUAAUGUGAUAACAUUCUAACCUUUAAUGUAAUAAACAACUUAACCACUAAUGUGAUAACUUUGCGACCAUUCAUGAAACAAACUCAAAGAGAACAGCUAAUUGUUUUUUUGAGAUUAUUAGGAUUUAGAAGAUCAUAUGGUGCACGGCAAAAAAAUAAUCAGACGACCCCCUGCUUUGAUGUCAAGUAAUGCCGUUUCAACGCAAUAGAUCAUUUAGGACUUGUUCCAUACACUUCCCUUUUACUUGAAGAAUUUAAAAUCUACUUCUCUUGAAUUAUUUCUUAGCUAAUUUAGGCUCUAGUGUAAAGGUUAAUAUUGUCACUUUGUCUCGUUAACACUAACAGAUCCUUUAGAUAGAAGAACGGUGUUUAAUUUAUAAGCGUCAGUUCAACAUGAAUUCCCGAUAACAAGAAUGAUAGCUUCCAUCAUUCACCUCACGGUUUUUCUCUUUCUCUCCCUCGCCAUGUUCGGUAAAACUUCGUUGAAAUUAAAGUAAAAGCAAAAAAACAGAAACAACAACAACAACAAAACAACAAUCAAAUAAAUAAUAAAUAAAAUAAAUAAAUAAAUAACGAUUUGCAGGUAGCACAUCCACAUACUGGUUCUUCGUCUACCUGAUUCCUGGUUGAAUUGGAAUUUAGAAAUGCUGGUUUUUGUGGAGAGAGGAAUACCGGAGCACCCGGAGAAAAACCUCUCGGAGCAAGGGGAGAGAACCAACAACAAACUCAACCCACACAUGGUGUCGACGCCGGGAUUUGAACCCGGGCCACAUUGGUGGGAGGCGAGUGCUUUCACCGCUGCGCCACCCCUGCUCCCCUAAAUCAAGCCCUACUCUAGAUUAAUACUCAUAUAGACCAAAUCCAAAUCUCGGUAUGAGCACUUAAUUCCGUUAGAUAUAUUAUGCACACAAAAAAAAUGAUAAUCAUGCAUCCUUUGUUUUACACAGACCUGGAUCCUUGUAUAGAUGGCGUACACUGUGAUUAUCAUGGUCUAUGCAAAGCUUUUGGGCCAUACGAUGCCCGCUGCGUGUGUAUAGACAGUUGCCCAUCUUAUCAAGAGCCUAUCUGUUCUUCUAACGGAACGACGUAUGACAACAAGUGUCUCUUUAAGCAGGAAAUGUGUUUGUUACAGUUGAACUUUACUGUGCAGCAUCCUGGGAGCUGUGAAGGUAUCAGUGAUCUCGUAAUUUAUGGUAUCAAUUGUUAUUUAAUUCAAUCACCCAAAAUUAACAACCCCUAAAAAAAGAAACGUCAAAAAGUCUUCACUAACAACGUAUCGAUAUCACAUCUUCUGAAUCUCUAUCAUCAGUACCAGUUGAAAGUCGUUUUAAAGGUAUAAUCUGGUUAUUAAAGCGAAGCUUCCCUGAAUAUAUUUCUAUAGCAAAAGCACAAACGAGGAAAUUUUACCGUGACGCGAUUUAAUUAAAGCAAAAAAUGCGUCGUUUUAGUAACGUAAAAUGUGAAAAACUGAGGUCAUUUAGGAAGGUGAACAGUUUAUGACUUUAAAAAUAUUUAUAAUCUUGUCUAAAGAGGAGCUCGAGACAAAUCGCCUCAUCAUAACUCGAACUCUCUCAUUCUUUUUUUUUCUUCUUUACAUUUGCAUUUUUGUACUACUUUGCAGGGUUCCCAUUUCAGCGUGACCGGCGUCACAUGCCUCAUAUACCUUCCUUGGGAUACUCUCACUGUGAAGUAAUUGGUUUCCGACCAUUUGUGUUCUAUCCUGAUAAACCCGUUCAAGUGCAGGUAACUGUCAAUCACAUCGAUACAAGGGACACGAAUUACGUCCACGAUGCUGCUGUGUCGUGGAUUGAAGAUGUGACCUACAAACAAUUCACUGCGUGCGUGAUGGCGGCUGGUUUCAACGAGCGCAGGUCCCGUGCUAAUGUGUCCAUAGACUGGAUAGCUUAUCAAGGAGCCCCAGAAGGUGGGGUAAGUGGCGAGGUACGCAUGUCACAGUGGUGGACUGGAACAACCUGCAAGACAGUGCGUUUUCCUUCAGUAAGCGAUUUUUUCCACUUCUCUAAAAUGUGCUUUCACUUUAUUUAUUAUUACCUUGGUUUGUUAAAGUUUUGCCUGGUUGCACUGAAUGACAAGGGAGAAAAAGAGUGAUUUACGUGCAAAUAGUAUAGUUUUAUACCUACGUUUUAGCGACGACGGCUAACUUCCCUGAAUUUCGUCAUCGACGAAGGCUGGAUGACUUUUUGACAACUUUAAAACACUAUACAGGUUCGCACGGCAAAAUUUCAUUCAAUUCCGGUCGACGACGUCGUCCCAUUUCGUCGUCGAUGCUUAAGGUCCCUAAUUACUAUAGUUCUACAUCCAAGUUGGCCAAGGCCUAAAUGUAAUAAAGUCCUAAACGUAAAAAUAUUUUGUCCUAAAUGUAAUUACAACUUGCCCUAAAUGUAAUUAACUCUUUUAAGUUGCCAAUUAACAUCUGUACGGUAAUUUCUCGAGUAAGCGCCACAUUUGGGGGCGAGGAAGUUUAAUAAGCGCCGCGGCGCUUAGUCGCGCAAAUACGGUACUAAGCGGUAUUAUUAUGGUAUUAAGCAUUGCCCUCAAAUAAGCGCCGUGGGGUUAAUUCGCAUAAAUUCGGUACAUUUCUUUAACUAUGCACUGUGGAAUAGUUCUAAAUGCGAAGUUGAUCCGUUCCACGAAAACGAAACCCGAGUCUAUUUCGACUAUAAAAUUGAAUUGGAUUUGAUGCUCUGUCUCCUGUAACCUCGCAAAAAGAUUUUGGAGUAACGGUUACUGUUGACCUUACGUGGAACCAGUACAUAAACAAUGUUAUCUCAUAAGUACAGUGUUGCUGAACAUAAGGAUUUCUUCGAAGACACACCUGCUGCGAUUUGGACACUGACAGACACCAGAAGACUUUUGUACCUUGCAUUUGACAGAUCUCCCCUGAAUUGUGCUGGUGAGAUCUGGGCACCUCAAUCUAUAGGAAACAUCUCUAAAGUUGAAAGUCUUCAAUGAAGAGCUACAAAAUUUAUGUUAAACUUGAGUUGAACGGAAUCUACCAGCUGCCAGUUGAGGCUUAUUAAACUGAACCUCUUGCCUUUUCCUUUUUUUUUUUGUUAUGAAAUCAAUGAUUGUCUUUUCAAUUCUACUUCAGAUGCCGAUUAGGUCACUACAGUAUCUGUCAUAAUGAUUUUGUACAGCGGCUUAGUUUUAGAUCUGUCAAUUUCUAAGUGCCGCAUUACAUUGUUUUAAACUAGUUAUUUAAUCGUUUACCUAUUAGUUAUGGAAUUAUCUACCAGCAUCUAUCUGCUCUGUUUUAAUCUCAAUAAAUACAAAUUCGUCAAGUCCCUGAGCUCCAUGGACACGAACAGUGCCUUCGCUAAACUUUAACUUUACGACGUCAACAUUUUCAGCACGUGAAAAUCAAUCUGCCUCAAGUGCUGCGUUGCACGUAACACUCAUGUCUUUGAAGUAAUAUAUGCUGUUACCACAGUUACAAUUAAUGACCUUUUAACACUCAUGAUAUUUUUUAGCCUUCUUAGUAAAUAAUAAAUAUUUAUUUUUAUUAUGGAUUUAUGGAUAAUUUAGUAGAUUUAUGUAAUUGUUUCUUAAAGGCCACUUUAACUGAAGCCUCGCUCUGUUUUGUCACCCUCGCCAUUGGUUUUGUUUUCCCUUGGUAGAAUUUUUUUAUUUAUUUAUUUAUUUUUUAUUUUUUAUGUAUUUAAAAAGGAUCAAAUGCUGCACUACAAUACUUCAACAUACACACAAAAAAAAAUAGAAGUUUCGCUCCGGCAAUAUGCACACCAUGUUAGAGGGUGUGCUCACAGUUCGGGUUCAUGGUACAUCCAAUUCAAAACUAACAGACAGGUACUUUUUUUAUUAUGCGGUCAUAACACAUGAAAACAGGACAACUGUUUUUAAAGUACAGAUGCAGACAAAAUAAGAUGUUGGACCUCAAUUCCCAGUUUAAACAUAAAGCUAAUCCUAUGAGACGUUACCUGUUUGAAGAAAAACUCAUUCUUCACUUUGUCUUUGUCACUACCUAAUAAGGAAGUGUUUUAAUUGCUUAAUUAAUUGAUUAUUAUAAAAUAAGUUAUUUAAAAUGUUAUAGAUUUAAACUUUUAUUCACAACAUGGCUUGCUUAGAAAAUUUGAUACAAGUAAUUUUUUCUGUGUGGGUUUAGUUUCCAAAGGAGCCUUCAGUUUUUGUGACCGUUGCACAUCACCAUGCCGGACUGAAGAGAGACGCUGCCAGUAUUUGGUUGGAGGAUAUCACACGAUCUUCCUUUAAAAUAUGUUUAAGAGAACUGCAAAAUUACGCGGGCUCACAUGAGGACAUCUAUGUCGUAUGUAGUAUACUUCAUUUUUUUCCCUUCGUCCUCCAUUUUUUGUCAGGCGUUGAUUUGUUGCGCGUUGAGUUGUGUCAAAUUACAUAAUGUAGCGAAUUUUCUCUUUCUUUCCAUUUUUCUUUUCUUUUGUUUUUUUUUUUUCUCUUUUCACAGAACUGGUUGGCUUUUUCGUCACUUGACAAGCCCAUGUUCUCAGAACACAGCUCAGUUUAUUUUGCAAACUCUCAGAAGCCUGCAGCCUGGAACAAUAACGCAUUCUGCAAGGUCAGUAUAAAUCAUAUCUCGCUUGGCUUUAUUUUAUGUCACGUUUUCACCUUACGUUAAUUUGACGGCUCUUUUCAUCGAUUUUGAAAUUCAUUGUAUGUUCUUUUAUUAGGAUAUUUCCUUUACCAAAUUGUACAAGAAUGCCCCAAGUGUAUUUGUAUCAGCGAAUCACACCUCCAGUGGGGGAGGUCAGGAUCCAAUGCACAACUCCAUAACCGCUUGGGUUGAGGUGAGUCAGUGGCUGCUAAAACUUGGAGGUGUGGAACGGUAUCGUGAGCUUGUGAUCCUUGUUGAGCUUGCUUUCAUGGCAGUAAACUAAUAAUGAUUAUAAUCUGUAGGAAGUGGUUCAGUGAUAAAAAGACUUGUGCUAAAACAUGAUUGAACUAACAUGGCUCCACACAUGUUUUCUUGCAUCUAAAGUUACGUUUUCCUUAAUUUACGUCAUAGUUCCUUAAUUUACGUCACAUCUCUUUUGUUCCCGGGGGAUUUCAGUGAGAAGACUAAGACCAAUGGUGUGCCAAAAUGUCAGCAACUUUGAACGUUUAAGAAAAAAUUCUAAAAAAAACACACAACGUUGUGUUCGCAUCGCAAAAUUUUUCCGCAGACGAGUUCUCGCAGUAAUGCGUACUUUCAAAUAAUAAUAAUAAUAAUAAUAAUAAAUGUUAGGUUAUGGGCACUUAAAGCAGUUUCAAUGACGUAACGACUAAACGCAGUGCUUUAAAAGUAGAUAAAACUACAAACAGUAGUCAGUAGCAGAUUAAUUUUUUGUCGAGACUAAGACAUGAUAAUUUAGGAUUGGUGAAUUAAAAAUGUAAAAAUGAUCAUCUGUUUUUAUUUAUUUAUUUUUCAUUUUAAUUUUUAGUACAUCAAUACAACAGGGGCUCGAGUGUGUACAAAGGAAUUGUACGACUCAAAGUACGACCCUCUCUCCGUAUCAUAUACUGUCUUGUCAGGUAAAGGGCGACAUCCUUAUUAGACUAGAAACUCUUUUACAUAGAUACAGCUAACUUAAUACUAACCAACAAUAUUAACCUGAAAGGCGGUGCUUAAGGUAGACCUAAACCGGAUUACCCCAGCACCCAUUAAAGCGUAGAUGGCAUUGCAAGGGUGGAUUUCUUUUACUGGCGGAGACGCCUCGGUGUGACAAAGUUUUCUUUGUUGCAGUUGUGAAGCACUUUUUGAACUUGAUGCGCAUAAAUUAGUACACUAUAUAUACUGUUAGUAUGGUUUCAUGCAGCUUUUAAGUGUCUUUAGCUCAGAUUAAAGGUAGGAUCUCGAUAUAUUUAUGUUUAUCAAACGUAAGGUGCAUAGAGUGAUAACUAUUCGAGGUAACUGAAUAUCUUAAUUCCACAAAUGUUGCAUCUAUUUUCCAGGUAUUUGCCAGCCAGGUUGGAGCUAUUUUAGUGGGUACUGUUACUUUACAAGUCGCACUUGUGGCUCAUGGCUCACUGCUGUAUCAAACUGUUCUACGAUGAGUUCCAGUUUGGUAACAGUUCACAACCAGAAUGAAAACGUCUAUAUUCAACACCGUCCCAACGGAGAGAGAGCCUGGAUCGGACUCAAUGACCGAAGUGUGGAGGGCUCUUUUGUGUGGACAAACAAAGAAAUAAGUAGUUUUAGGUUCUGGGCUCCACAGCAACCGAACGACUGGAAAAACGAAGAUUGUGUUCACACUCUUGGCGCCAGGCAUGGUUACACUUGGAAUGAUGUGCCUUGUCAUAACUGA